ACUGAAACUCCCUGGUGCAAAGACCCCUGGGCCCUUGCAGCUUAGAGUCAAAUGAGUGCAGAGCAUAGCAAGCAUGGGGAGGGCUGCUGAACAAAGCAACACAACAAGAAAAUCCACUGAGCCCCAGAAACAAGACACAAUAUUAACAUCCCUCCAGCACGAUGGCAGGCAAGAAAAUCCAGAUGCAUCCUGUAAGCCCUCCCAAGAAGCAGAUCCCUCUGGGCAUGAUCCUUCUCAAAAUUCCUCUUCUGCCUCUCCUAAGCAUUCCAGUGAACCUCCACCUAAAGCAAAUCUGGUAAAAGAAAGCGACCGAUUUGCGGAGGUCCAACUGCAGAAGAAGUCCUCUCGAGAUAAUGAGAAUUCAGAUACAGAAUGGACAUUUUAUCCAAGUUCCUUUGGUCACACUUAUCACACGGGGAAAAAGUGUUUCUUUGAGGGUGUACACCUCAGAAACAAAACCACAACAUCUGAAAGGACAGUGGAAAUGUGCUUUGGAAAGAAGAAAUAUGUGACUGAAGAUGCCUCCAGAAAUGGUAUUCCGUUGGUGACACUGGGAGACCACCCUUAUGCCUGUCCAGAACAAAGCAUAGACUUCCACAAACUGGGACCAACCCUGCCUCCAGUGAACUUUGGGAGUUCCAAGUAUAUAAAGCAGUCAGAUACGUUUAUUCCUCUCCAGCACUUGCCAGGAGUUCCUUGCACCCCUUUCCACAUAAAGGAGAAGCAGCAAGAAUUAGAAAGGGAAAAAAUGGAAGUGAAACGCCUGGACAUUUGGAAGCCCGCUCCAUCUCUGCUGCAGUCUUUGUUUACAACUGGACUGACGAAAUGAUCAACUUUUCUGGUUGCAUGUCAUAAGGUCCCUGGGAAUAUACCUGCUAACAAUU